CUCGCCAUGGCGCUCGCCCUGGUCGUCGCGAUCCCGCUGCUGGUCCAGGCCGCCAAGAUCUCAGCGCACUACGAGAUGAUGGGCACGUGCCGCAUGAUCUGCGACCCGUACAGCCCCAAACCGAGCGCCACGGCACUGGAGGUGAUGCAGGAUCUGGGCGCCAUCCCACCACCGCCUCCACCCUUCUCUCGCGGCACCAAAGGGGAGCCCGGGAGACCGGGUAAACCGGGGCCCAGGGGUCCACCUGGAGAACCGGGACCACCCGGGCCGCGCGGGCCGCCAGGUGACCGCGGAGACUCGGGGAAACCCGGCUUCACCGGGAUCACGCCGGGGACGACCAGGAGUGAGUCUGGAGAGGUGGGCUCCGCGCUGGGUAGCAUCAAAAUCGCCUUCUAUGUGGGGCUGAAGAACCCACACGAGGGCUACGAGGUGCUCCGGUUUGAUGACGUGGUGACGAACCUGGGAAACCACUACGACCCAACCACGGGCAAGUUCACGUGCCAAGUGUCCGGGAUUUACUUCUUCACGUACCAUGUGCUGAUGCGCGGAGGAGACGGCACGAGCAUGUGGGCAGAUCUCUGUAAAAACGGACAGGUGCGCGCCAGUGCCAUUGCACAGGACGCAGACCAAAACUACGACUAUGCGAGCAACAGUGUGGUGCUACAUCUGGACUCAGGUGAUGAAAUCUAUGUAAAGCUGGACGGUGGGAAGGCACACGGUGGAAACAACAAUAAAUACAGCACCUUCUCUGGGUUCAUACUGUAUCCAGACUGAGUGCUCUGGGCUCUGAACUGACUCUCCAACAGCCGCUCUUCCCGCGUUUGUGUGGAACGAGGGCAGUCCACCACGAGAAAGGCCAUGCAGUGUAACCAGUGAGAAACAAUGUUGUCUGAAUGUGUCCUUUUUCUGUUUGACAAUGUGUUGUGUGUGUGUGUGUGUGUGUGUGAUAAGUGAAACAUAUCUAAAGCUAUAUAUGAAAAAGAGUUAUUUAUAAAGGUUAUAAGCAAGGUGUCUGAGUAAAUAGUCAAGGUUAAGAGAAAGAUGUUUGAGUUAUUAGUGUAGGCCUAUCUGUUAUACUCCGGGAUUUUGAUGGUUGGCUAGAUCAUAUGAUGUCUUGUCCUGUAGCAUAACAUUACUCUGCACUGUCAGUAUUUAUUUAUGUAUUUCAAUAAAUUAUGUUUUGUAUAA